AAUGUAAUGGAUAAUGAAACAGGCAUUACUAUGUUUACUCUGUCAGGAUUAAAUGGCACAGCAAACUAUAGAGUUGCUCUCUUUGCUCUCACUUUUUUGUGUUACAGUGUGAUUUGGCUGUUAAAUGUGACCAUUAUUGUGACAAUCAUUGUGACCAAAAGUCUUCAUGAACCCAUGUACAUCUUCCUCUGUAAUCUGUGCAUCAAUGGACUUUAUGGGACUACAGGCUUUUACCCCAAAUUCCUCAAUGAUCUUCUAUCUAACACUCAUGUCAUCUCUUAUGCUGGAUGCCUUCUGCAGGGUUUUGUGUUGCACUCUUCAGUUUGUGCUGAUUUCUCUCUUCUAGCUCUAAUGGCUUAUGACAGAUAUGUGGCUAUAUGUCGACCUCUGGUUUACCACUCUGUGAUGUCUAAACAAAGAGUUUGUGUGUUUGUGUUUUUUGCUUGGCUUGUACCCUAUUACUUGAUCUCCAUGGGUACAAUAACUACAUUUACCACAAGGUUAUGUGGCUCACACAUACCAAAGAUCUACUGUGUUAAUUACUUAAUUGGGAAACUAGCUUGUACUGUCUCCAUAACAAACACUGUUAUUCCAGCUUUUAAUUAUACUUUUUAUUCUGGCCAUUUUAUUUUUAUUAUUUGGUCUUAUGUAUAUCUGAUCUCAACAUGCCUAACAUCGAAAGAGAAAAGGAAAAAGUUUAUGCAAACAUGUCUGCCACAUUUGUUCUGUUUACUUACCUUAGUUGUGUGUUUGCUUUUUGAUUUGUUGUACAUGCGAUUUGGCUCAGAAGGGUUUUCACAAAGUGCCCAGAAUUUUAUGGCGAUAGAAUUUCUUUUUUUCCCUCCAAUCAUCAAUCCCCUCAUAUAUGGUUUAAAAUUGACACAAAUAAGAAAUAGAAUUAUACAGUUUUUGUGUGGUAAACGUCUCUAG